GGAUGGGGAAAUUUGCUUAGAAUUGUGAAAACAGGAAGAGACAACAUGUGCUAACCAAGAUUCAGUUCAGAGAAACUUUUCUCCUUCCCCACGCCAACAAGCCAUGGCCCGCUCCUCCUCACAGUCCCAGUCCUCUGUCGGCGGCGCCGCCGGCUCCCGCCCGUCCACCGUCGGGCCCCGCGGCACGCCCGCCGCGGCUGCCGGCAUGCGCCGCCGCCGCGCAACCGCGACCGGUGGGGGAGGGGGCUUCUCCGGCGGCGGCGGCGGCGGCAGCAACAUGCUGCGCUUCUACACCGACGAGGCUCCGGGGCUGCGCCUCUCGCCCACCAUGGUGCUCGUCAUGUCGCUCUGCUUCAUCGGAUUCGUCACAGCCCUCCACGUCUUCGGCAAGCUCUAUCGCUCCCGCACCGCCGCCGCAUCCGCCUGAUCCCAUCCGUCCGACUACAUUCCUUCCCCUUUCUUCCUCAGAUCAGAUCAGAUCAGAAGGUUUUGAAUGUUGUAUGACGACAAGUUGUUGUGUUGGCUAGCUUUGCUUGACCCUUCCUUCCUUCCUUCCUGAGUUAGAUCUGGAGAUGAAACCCUACAAGUUAAUGGUGCCCUUUCUGUUACUUCCUUUUCUUUUGCUCCCUGAUGCAAACAAUUAUGCCUAGUAACUUCUGCUUGUGAAAUCACUAGAUGUCAUGUACCA